GCACCGUCAGGAUUGAUCAAAGACUAGUGCAGAAUAAUCCCAAAAUAUGAUCAGGUUGUUGUAGUCUACAGUAAACCAUCCACGUUCGUGUUUACAGUAAUUGCCGCUUUGUGCGGUAUACGGACAAGGAAUAGAAGCCAUACGAUGAAGAAACGUUACGUGGACGUCAACAGGAUACGCAAAAUGAAAAAGAUCAAAUUUACAGAGAAAAUUUCUGAAAGCGCCUACACAUUUAUGAAGUUCAUGAUUGUGUGGACUUUAGUGCUCCUGGCAGAUUUCAUUCUUGAAUUCCGGUUGGAGUACCUUUGGCCUUGCUGGUUAUUCUUAGGGAGCGUCUACAGUACUUUCCACUGUCAUGGCCUGGUUAUAUGCGUUGCAUUUGUCUGUGCUGCCUUUACCCUGGAUGUCUUUUGUUUUAUUUUUGUUCCUCUAAAUUGGCUUUUCUUUGCGGCGAGCACCUACGUCUUGUUCAAUUACAUAUGGCACACUGAAAAAGGCAUCUGUAUGUCAACGGUGUCCCUGUGGAUUCUCCUUGUGUAUACCGAGGCUUCACUCAGACUUAAAGACCUAAAGAACUCCCACGCCAACCUGUCUCAUCUCUUUGCUGCACACUGCAUUGGGUAUCCUGUUGUCUACCUGGGGUUUGAUGCCACCUGCUAUUUCAGAAGCAUCUUUAAGAUGAGGACACAGAAAGCGGUCCAAAAUGAAAAUGACUUCCACGUGCACCUCCUUCAACAGUCUCUGCCUCCUGGGUUGCAGUUUUACCCCAAGUCUGUCACCGAUAGCAACGGCAACCUGAAGUGGAGGCCCAAACCUGAGUCCACCCAAUAUCAAUGUCAAAACAACACUGUGACCACUGAUGAAAGACACACAGUGGACUGCCUUCAAAUCCACAGCGAAAGCCACGGAGCGCACAAAAGUGUGGAGACCAGGCCAGGUGACUUAAACCAUCCAUCACCGUCAUCCAAAAUCAACUGCGGUGAGUCAAGAGAACCCACUUCAGAAGCAGCAGAAGGAGCAGAGACCUUAGUAAACCCCAAAAAUCUACCUCAGGAUGAGCAGGGCAGCAAAGCGCCCUGGCCCUCUAAGAGCUCUCCGCCCAAAGCGCGUUGGACCCCUGCUAACACGUCUGCAGGGCCCACAGGCAAGGGUGACAAGAAGCAGAGGCACAGCUCCUCCAAAACAGUCAGUCCCAUUCGGGACACAACCGACAAGAAUGUCAACGCCAACCACAAUCCCCACCUUGAGCAGAUCACCAAACUGGAGCAAGAGUUCAGAAGGUUGAAGGCGGAGCUACAGGCCAGCAGGCAGAAUGAGCAGGAGCUACGCAGCCACGUCUGCAACCUGACCAACAGUGAGAGGAGCCUGAGGCCAGAGGUGUCUCUUCUCAGACAGUCUAAUGACCUGCUCCAGAGCAAGAUUCUGUGUGUGACCAAGACCAAGCAGAGAGACAAACAGACCAGCGCAGUGCUGGAGAAGAAGACCAGAGCUGAGACAGAGGCAAGGCUCUCUGUUGAGAAAAUUCUAGCUGAACUUCAGGCUCAAAAACUGGAGGAGGCAGCUAGCUGUGCCCGUAACAUGACAAACAGGCAGGAACACGCAGAGAGCCUAAUGUUAAAGAAAAAAGCUAAAGAUCUAGAGACAGAGUACAAACAACUACAACUGGAGUUUCAAGGGAAAGAGGGUCGUGUAAUAGCUCUAGAGCAAGAAGUUGAGGCGAUGGGAAGGUUCCGCUGUGUGGAGCAGGAGACCGAGGUGUUGCUGUCUGCCCUCGCCGCCCUGCAGGAGAAGGCUCAGCACCUGGAGUACAACUUGAGCGCUGAGACUCGCAUCAAACUGGACUUGUUCUCAGCUCUAGGAGAUGCGCGCAGGCAGCUAGAGAUAGCACAAGGGAGAGUGAUGAAGCAGGACAAGGAGAUUGGAGAGAUGAAACAGAAAAUUGCGGAGGUCAUGGCUGUCAGUCCGGGCAUGUCAUACUUGACCCCUCGCCCGGCUGUGCCACAGUACCUCACCAAGUUCCUCAACUCUGAGCACUACAUGCUAAACCCACGAGCGCUCAUGUACCAGUGUUUGAAGAAGUGAACCGUCCCCUAGUCAGAAUCCCCUGGAGGACAUCAUGGCAGUCCUUGGCAGGUUCAUCUGGAGCAGAUAGGACGACACUAAGAACUUCCCUGACGAUGUCACAGAGCUCGACCUCCAGCAAACGGCCUUAAACAUUCAUAGUACAUCUUCACAAAUCUAUGCUUUGGCAAACAAAAUGCCUUUGGCUGCACAGCUGGUGAUGAAUUAAAGAGAUAUCCUAAAUUGAUGUUGAAAAUCUUAUAUUGAGUUCCCUUGACGUGAGGGAAGACAAUUUCAUUGUCCUUUUGGAUUUCCAGUGAAGAGUAGUAGAUACUAUGCUGGUGGUGUGUAAUGGGUGAAAUAAGACCAUGUUGAACUUACAUUAACC